GCAAUUAAGCUAAAUAUGAAGGUGUUAAAUGCAAUAAAUCAUUUAACAAAAUGCAAUAAUAUCCUUUUCUUGAUAAACAAGAUAGAAAAAAAAAAUCAUUUUGUUUUCAUCUUCAUUACAACUCAAGAAAAGAAAAUACAGAAGUAACAUAGUUUACAGUAUCAAAAUCAUGGGUGGAGGAUUCAUGUUGAGUGGCAAGUCAGCCUCUUUCGCCGCCGCAAACCCAUCGCUCUACGCCGCCUCCGGCACCACCAGAAGCUUCGACGCUCGUUAUUCGGAGGCGGCGAUUUGCAACCAGAGCAAUCCAUCUUCUAUGAAUAAUGGCGGGCCCGUAUUCGGGUCGGUACCGACCCGAUUCGAAGUCGAAAAGGCUAUUCUUGAUCUCCAAAGGUUAAUGCAUGGCCUUUCGAAUACGAAACCGAAGCUCGACGGGCUUCAAUCGUUGGUCCGCAAUGAAGACGAGUAUUCAAGAAUGCUACAAGCUCCCGGAUUUCUCAAAUUCCGCGACACUUUUUCCAUGAUGCAAAGAGAACCAUCUUUUCAGAACAUGGUUAUUUCCAUUUCAUGCGACCGAGCUGUUUGGGAAGCUAUCUUGAGUAAUAACGCGGUUCAUGAUUUACGAGGCUCGAUUCCUCCAGCUAAAGAGGAGAUCAAAGGGGUGAACUGCAACCAAGAAACCGACAUAGCAAUCGUUGUCCUAGAGUGGAUAAUGGGAUUCACUAAGUCGAAGGUUUUCGAGCUGGUCGAGAAAUUCGGGUUUUUGGUUAAUGAGAUCCUCCAAACAGGUCCUAAGGAGAAAUCGAAUUCGGAUAGUGUUGCAGAUCUUUUGGAAGAGAAAGUUCGAUCUUCGUUGCUACUUUCUUUGGUUAUUGUUCUGAUUGUUGUCGUCACCCGUAACGACGGCUAAUCGGCUUCUUCGUAAAUUUGAAUUAUUAAAACUCGUGAAUUUAUUUAUUGUUUUCUUAUUUAGCAAAUAAACCAGCAGA